AUGACGAUGCACUCAGUUACUACGAUACUCCCUGGCCAAGUGAUUAUCACGAUGACAUCUGUUGUGUUCUCCACUCUUUCGAGGACACGGUCUCCGGUGUCUUCGUCCUUCCAUUUGAACCGCGGAGACGGCAUCUAUCUAGAAGCGAGAAAAUCUGUGGUCAUUGCAAGAUUUUUACGUAGAACGCGUUCAACGUCGUGUUCGCUUCAAAAUAGUGAAGUGCGUUCUUCUUCUGAUGCGCAUGAUCGAGGUGAUCAACGUGAACGAUGUGUGUUAUCACGUGCGUGGCGAUGGCACGUGUCCAGUGUCGUAGAUCUUAUUGUCGCGAUAUUUGUAACCAGCAUGCGUAGUUGUCCUGUCUCCCGGCUCCAAUUAACAACAUCAUGGCCGUUUAGCGUGAUUGUAUAUCAAGAUCCUUAUCCAAGUUUCACUGGUCAUCGCAAGCCGUCGGGUCCAUCACAGCUGUCCCUCCUCUUUGGGCGAGUUGUAAAUCCCGCUGGAGGACAGUGA